AUGGUCUUAGGCGGCGCGAUUCUCGGUGUGAUCGCUGUCUUCCUCCCACCUCUUGCAGUCUUCAUUCGCGAUGGCUGUGGUGUGCAAUUACUCAUAAACAUUGGACUAUGUUUCCUCGGCUGGAUCCCAGGUAUCGUACACGCCUGGUACGUGAUCUUGGAAUACCCGAACAUGCGACAGCGGCACCGCAUCAAGAAGGAACGGAGGAGGAGCUAUUCGACCGGUGGUGUUCGUACGCCCGUACGUGGAAGCUACGACUCUGGCGUUGCGCGACCAAGGAGCAGGAGCAGGUCGGCGAAUGUGUAUGCGGGUUCGAGGCAGCCAUAUUAUCGCGAUGAGAUGUAUGCGGCGCCUGCGCGUCAAGGACCCAACCUCCCUCCUCCGCGGGCCAAGUAUUAG